GAAAACCUGGGAAUUGAACUCACAGAAAAGGAACGUGAAGAUCUGACAGAAUAUUUGCCACCUGACGCAAAUGGGAAGAUCGGUCUCAAAAAUGUGAUGGAAGCAGUAGAAGCUGUUACAGGAGGAGAGGUUGAUGUCAGUGAUGUGGGAAAUGUCCUGGAAGACAUGGGAGUAACCGUCACAGAUAAGGAAUGUGGAGAGCUGGUAAAGAAUCUGCCAGUUAAUGCUAAUGGGAAAGUCUACAAGAAUAGGUUGCUGGAUGGUUUGAAGUCUCUUCAUGGAAAACAGAUUGAUGCCAAUGAUCUGCUGGAAGUUCUUGGAAACAUGGGGAUCGAGCUCACUGAGGAGGAAUUUGUGAAACUGAAACAAACUGUGCCAAUUGACGCUGCUGGAAAGGUGUAUCAGAAAAGAUUGUUGGAUGGGGUGAAGUCAUUAAAAGGAGGAAUGGUUAAAGCCCAUAACCUAGAUAAUGUGCUGGAAAACCUGGGAAUUGAACUCACAGAAAAGGAACGUGAAGAUCUGACAGAAUAUUUGCCACCUGACGCAAAUGGGAAGAUUGGUUUCAAAAACGUGAUGGAAGCAGUGGAAACUGUUACAGGAGGAGAAGUUGAUGUCAGUGAUGUGGGAAAUGUCCUGGAAGACAUGGGAGUAACCGUCACAGAUAAGGAAUGUGGAGAGCUGGUAAAGAAUCUGCCAAUUAAUGCUAAUGGGAAAGUCUACAAGAAUAGGUUGCUGGAUGGCUUGAAGUCUCUUCAUGGAGGGGUUGUUAAUGUCAAUAAGCUCGAUUCGGUUUUGAGAACCAUGGGAUGGAAACUCACAGAAGAUGAAAUUAAGGAUCUCAAAUGCAGCCUGCCCACUGAUGUAUAUGGGAGAGUUGCAAUGAAAAAGUUGUUUGAUGGAUUAAGAGCUACUAAAGGAAAAAAGAUGAAUGUGCAGCAUGUACCAGAGUUUGUAAGCAAUUUGGGUGUUGAGCUAACAGGUAAAGAAAAUAAGAGGCUGCUGAAGAAGCUUCCAGUUGAUGCUUCUGGGAAGAUCUAUCAAAAUAGAUUGUUGGAUAAUCUGAAGUCUUUCACAGGAGGGAAGGUUGAAAGAAGUAAAGUCAAUACCGUUCUAGAAAACAUGGGAAUCGAGCUCACAGGAAAGGAGCUUCAAAGUCUAACAGAUAACCUAUCAGUUGAUGGUAAUGAGAAGGUUGAUUUUGAUAAGUUGAUGUAUGGUGUGAAAGCUCUUACAGGAGGGGAGAUUGAUGCCAGUGAUGUGGGAGACAGUCUAGGAAACAUGGGACUAGAGCUCACAAAAAAGGAAUUGUUGACGCUGCUGAAAAAUCUACCAAUAACUGCAGAUGGAAAGAUCUAUCAAAAUAGGCUAAUGGAUGCUGUUAAGUCUCUUAGAGGAGGAAUGGUUGAUGUCAACAAGCUGGACACAGUUCUGGGAAAUAUGGGCAUGAGCCUCAUAGAAGAGGAACUUAAAGAUCUGACACAGAAUCUUCCAGAAAAUGUUGAUGGGAAAGUUGCUAUGGAACAGGUUAUGAAUGCAGUGAAAUCUUUCACAGGUGAAAAGGUUGAUUUGGAUAACUUGGAAAAUGUACUGAAAAAUAUGGGGAUUGAACUCACUGAUCCUGAAUAUACAAAGCUGGUGAAAGCACUGCCCGUUAGUGAUGAUGGAAAGGUGUAUCAAAAUAGAAUAUUAGAUGCCAUGAAGUCUUUAAAAAGAGGAAAAGUUGGUAUCAACAACCUGAUACCUCUUCUGGAAAAAAUGGGUAUCAAGCUCACAGAAAAAGAACUUGCACAGCUGAGAAAAAAUCUACCUGCUGAUGCUGAUGGAAAAGCUGAUCUGAGUGAAGUAAUGGAUGAAGUGAAAGCUAUUACAGGAGAAAAGGCUGAUCUCAACAGUGUGAAAACUGUUCUGGAAAACCUGGGGAAAGAUCUCAAAGAUAAAGUAUUCUUGGACCUGAUAAAACGUCGUCCUUCUAAGGAAGAUGACAAGAUCUUUCAAAACAGGUUGCUAGAAGUUGUGAAGUCUCUAAAAGACGGGAAAUUCAAUGUCAACGACUUGAGUGCUAUACUGGAUAAUAUGGGAAUCAAGAUAUCAGAUAAGGAACUUAAGGCUCUGACUAAAAAUCUCCCUGCUGAUGUUGAUAGGAAGAUUUCAUUAAAAAGACCAAUGAAUGAAAUGAAAGCUAAUUUUACAGGUGAGACGAUUGAUCCUAGUGACUUGAAAAAUUUCCUGGGAAGCCUGGGGAUUGAGCUCACAGAUGAGGAAAAAGAGGAACUGCUGAAAACCCUGCCAGUUGAUGCUGCUGGGAAGGUAUAUCAGGAUGGGUUGCUGAAGGGUAUGAAAUCUCUCUAUGGGGGGAAGGUUCGUACAAAUGAGCUGGACAACACUCUAAAAAAAUUGGGAAUUGAGCUCACAGAAGAGGAACUUGCAAAUCUCUCAGAAAACCUAGAAGUUGAUGCUAAUAGGAUGGUUGGUCUGAAAGAGGUGAUGGAUGAAGUCAAAGUUACUACAGGAGGGGAGCUUGAUGCUAAAGAUGUGAAAACUCUUCUGAGAAACAUGGGAAUAGAAUUCACAGAUAAGGAACGUUUGAAGCUGAUGAAAAGUCUGCCUUUCAAUGAUGAUAACAAAGUCUUCAAGAACAGGUUGCUAGAAAGUGUGAAGUCUCUUAAAGGUGGGAAAAUCAAUAUCAACAACGUGGACACCGUUCUGAACAACCUGGGGAUCAAGCUUGCAGAUACAGAACUUAAAGAUCUAGUUGAAAACAUGCAUGUUGGUGUUGAUGAGAAAAUUCCUCUAGAAACACUGAUGGAAAACAUCACAGACUUUACAGGUGAGAAGAUUGAGUCAAAUAAUCUAAAAAAUGUUCUGGGAAAUCUGGGAAUUGAGUUUGCAGAUAAGGAACUAGAGGAGAUGCUGAAAAUACUGCCGAUUGAUGCCAAUGGAAAGUUAUAUCGUAAUAGGUUACUGAAGGCUAUGAAGUCUCCUAAAAGUGGGAAGAUGAAAACUAAUAACCUCCAUACUAAUUUGGAAAAUAUGGGAAUGAGGCUCACAGAGGAGGAAUUUGCUGAACUGUCAGGACAACUACAAGUUGAUGCAAAUGGGAAUGUUGAUCUGCCUAACUUGAUGGGAGCAGUGAAAGCUAUUACAGGGAAGGUUGACGUCAAGAACCUGGAAACCGUUGUAGGCAACAUGGGAAUCGAGCUCACUGACAAGGAACUAGAAGAUCUGAAACAAAACCUGCCUGUCAGUGGUGAUAAUAAAGUUGCUUUGGAAACUUUGAAGGAUAAAGCAAAAGCUUUUACAGGAGAAAAGAUUGAUGCCAGUGACCUACAAAAUAUUCUGAAAGACAUGGGGAUUGAGCUUACAGAUAAGGAGCACAAGCACUUGCUGAAAACACUACCCAUUGAUGCUCAUGAAAAGGUGUUUCAGAACAGGUUGCUGAAGGGUGUGAGAUAUAAUAAAAGGGGGAAGGUUGAUGUAAAUAAUCUGGAUCCUGUUUUAGAAGCCAUGGAGGUCAAGCUUACAGAACAGGAACUCAAUCUGUUAAAGGAUCUUCUGAGUGGCUAUAAGAAAGUUGAUCUGAAAAACCUGAUGGAUAAGGUAGAAGCUGUUACAGGAGAGGAAUUUGAUGUCAAUGACAUAGGAACAAUUCUAAGAAACAUGGGAAUAGAACUCACAGAUAAAGAACUCUCACAACUGAUGAAAACUCUGCCAGUUGAUAAUGGAAAGGUCUACCAAAGAAGGUUGCUGGAUGGCAUAAAAUUUCUUAAAGGCGGGAAGAUUGAUUCCAGUAAAGUGGAUGCAGUUUUGGAAAACAUAGGAAUGGACCUUACUGAAAAGGAGCUUAAAGACAUAACACAAAAUCUGCCAGUUGAUGUUAAAGGUAAAGUUGAUCUGGAAAAGCUGAUGAAUGAAGUAAAAUCUUUCUCAGGAGGCAAAGUAGAUGCUAAUAAACUUGGAAGUGUCUUGGAAAACUGGGGGAUUGAGCUCACACCUAAUGAACUUUUGAAUUUGGUGAAGACACUGCCACUUGAUGCUGAUGGAAAAGUGUAUCAGAAAAGGUUGAUGAAGGACAUAAAGUCUCUCAAACAAGGCGAUGUUGAUGUCAACAAGCUGGACACUCUUUUAGAAAACAUGGGAAUCAGCAUCAAAGAAAAAGAGUUCAUGGAUCUGAUAGAAAGACUGCCAGAUGCUGAUAAAGGGAAGGUCAAACUAAAUACAUUGAUGGAAGAAUUGAGAACUGCUUUAGGUGAGCAGAUUGAUGUCAGUGAUGUAUAUGAUGUUCUGAAAGACAUGAAAGUGGAAGUCACAGACAAGGAAUACUUUAAUUUUGUAAAAACUCUACCACUUGAUGCUGAAGGAAAGGUGUACCAAAAAAGGUUGCUGGAUGGUGUGAAGACUCUUAAAAGAGGAAAGGUUGAUAUGAAUAACCUGGACACAUUUCUGAAAAAUAUGGGGAUUGAGCUUUCACAUAAAGAACUUGAAGAUUUUUCACAAAACCUACCAGUUGAUGUUGAUGGGAAGGUUGAUCUGGAAAAUGUGACACUGAAAAUGAAAGAUUUUACAGGAGAAAAGGUUGAUGCCACUGAUCUAAAAAACAUUCUUGGAGACAUGGGGAUAGAAGUCAAUGAUAAGGAAUGUCUUGAUCUACAAAAAUCACUACCAGUUGAUGAUGAUAAGAAAGUUUUUCAGAACAGAUUGCUAUCCGAUUUGAAGUCCUUCAAAGGAGGGAAGAUUAAUGUCAAUAACCUGAACACAGUUCUGGGGAACAUGGGGAUCAAGCUCAAAAAUAAGGAGCUUAAAAGUGUGCUACAAAAGCAAUCUAUGGAUGCUGAUGGAAAUGUUCCUCUGAAAAAAGUGAUGAGUGAUGUGACAGCAGUUAUAGGAGAAAAAGUUAAUGUCAAAGAUCUGAAAAAUACUUUAGAAGAUAUUGGCAUAGAAUUCACACCUCAAGAAUACCUGGAACUGGUAAAAAGUCUUCCAGUUGAUGAUUAUGGAAAUGUAUAUAAAAAUAGAUUGCUAGAUGAUGUGAAAUCUUUCAAUCGUGGGAAGGUUGAUGUUAGUAACCUGGCAGAAAUUUUAGAAAACAUGAAAAUCAAGCUCCCAGAUGAGAAGAUUAAAGAUCUGUCACAAAACCUACCAACUGAUGCUUUUGGGAUGGCUGAUCUGCAUAAACUGCUAGAAGAAAUAAAGACAUUCACAGGAGGAAAAGUUGAACCCAAGGACAUACACAAAGCACUGAGAAACAUGGGGAUAGAGCUCAAAGAUAGAGAGCUCUUGGAGCUGUUGAAAACGUUGCCAGUUACAGCUGAUGGAGAGAUAGAGAAAAAUACAUUGCUCGAUUAUAUAAAAGCUUUUCCUGGUGGAAAGUGUCGCACCUCUAAAAUAGGGAGCGUCCUGGAAAACUUGGGUUAUGAGCUGGAGGAUGAGGAACUUGAGGACCUGCGGAACCGUCUGCCAGCUGAUGAUGAAAAGGUUAAACUGAAUACGCUCAUGAAAAAUGUAGAUCCAUUCAAAGGAAUCAAGAUUCAUGUUGAUGAAGUAGGUGAUUUUUUGAAAAAAAUAGGGAUAGAACUCACACCUACAGAAUGCUGGAAUCUGCUAAAAACUCUGCCAAUUACUUCUGAUGGAAAGGUAUAUCGCAGUCGGUUGCUAGAUGGUUUAAAGACUUUCCGAGGUGGGAAAAUUUUAGAGAAUAAAAUAGAAACCAUUCUGGAAAACUUGAACUAUGACCUUGAAAAGAAAGAAAUCCAAGAUCUAUUCAAUCAUCUGAAAAGGGACAAUAAUGGAAAGAUUGCACUGAACUCCUUUAUGGGUACAGCAAAUUUAUUUUCUGGUGGUAAAAUUAAUGCCAGUGACACACAACUUUAUCUGGAAAAUGUAGGGAUUGAAUUAACAAAGAGAGAAAGCCAGGAGCUGCUGAGCAUAUUGCCAUUGGAUGAUAAUAAAAAGGUGUAUAAGAAUAGAUUGAUGGAUGGAGUGAAGACCUACAAAGGAGGAAAGGUUAAUAUCAAUAAACUAGACGAUGUUCUUGAAAACAUGGGAUUCUCACUUGAGGAGGAAGAAAUUGAGGAACUGUUCACUCACCUGCCAAUUGAUGGGGAGAGAAGAGUUAAACUGGAUAAACUUCUGGAUGAAGUGGGUGAACUUCUGGGGGAAGAAGUUAACUCUGAAGACCUGGAAAAUAUUCUGAGAAACAUAGGGUUAAGACUCAGGCUAAAGGAUAACCCUGUGUUGAUGAAGAGUUUGCCACUUGAUGCUGCUGGAAAACUGUAUAAGCAUAGAUUGCUGGAUGGCAUAAGGUCUCUCAAAGGAGUGGAGCUUAAUGUUAAUAAUUUGGGACCCUUCAUGGAAAGUAUGGGCUUUGACCUGGAAGAAGAGGAAUACCUUGACCUGCUCAGCAAGCUGCCUGCUGAUGAGGAGGGGAAGAUUGACGUGAAUGUGGUAAUGGAUGAAGGAAAUCUUUUUACAGGUGAGAAGGUUGAUACUAGUAACCUGGAUAGUUUUCUGGGGAAAAUGGGGAUAACGCUCCCAGAAGAUAAAGGCCUGAACCUGCAGAACAAGCUUCCAGUCGAUGACAAAGGAAAGGUAUAUGUGAAGAGAUUAAUGAAAGAGUUAGAAUCUCUUGAAGGGGUGAAGGUGUCUCCAAAUAAGGUGGACUCUUUCUUGGAAAUCAUGGGACUUGAUCUCAAGGAGAAAGAAGUUCAGGAACUGAAGGACUGUCUACCAGUUGAUGAUAAUGGAAAGACUGACUUAAAUGUGUUGAUGGAUGAAGUUAAAAAUAUCACAGGAGAGAAGAUUCCUACUGAGGACUUGAAAAAUGUUCUGAAAGAUAUGGGAAUAAAGAUCACAAACAAGGAACAUAAAAAGCUUCUGAAAACUCUGCCAGUUUCUGCUGAUAAAAAGGUGUUUGAGAAAGAAUUACUGGAGGGCGUGAAAUCUUUCAAAGGAGGAAGGGUUAGUGUCGGUAACCUAAAAAAUGUUCUACAGAAUACUGGGUUCAGUCUUGAAGAAAACGAAAUCCAGGACCUGCAGAGCCACCUACCAGUUACUGAAGAUGAAAAGGUUGAUUUGGAUACAUUGAUGGAAGCUGCUAGUGCUUUUACAGGAGAAAAAGUUGAAGCCAAUGACUUAAAAAAUGUGCUGAGAAACAUGGGAAUUGAGAUUACUGAAAAAGAACAGUUGAUGCUGUCGAAAACUCUGCCAGUCUCUAGAGAUGGAAAGGUGUAUAAGAAGAGAUUACUGGAGAGUGUGAAGCCUCUCAAAGGGAAAAAAGUCAGUGUCAAGAACCUGAACACCAUUGUAAAGAACAUGGGGGUUCAGCUUAAGAAAGAGGACUAUCAGGACUUACUGAACCACCUGCCUAUUGAUGAGAAUAAAAUGGUUGAUUUGAAUGUGGUGAUGGAUGAUGCAAAAGCUUUUACAGGAGAGAAAGUUAAUGUCAAUAAUCUGAGCAAUGUGGUGAGGAAAAUGGGACUGGUACUCACUGAUGAGGAAAAGAAGCAGCUGAUGAAAACUCUGCCCAUUCAUGCUGAUGGAAAAAUAUAUAAAAACAGGUUGCUAAAAGGCGUGAAGGCCCUCAAUGGACCAAGGGUCAAACUCAGAAAAGUGAAAUCCGUCUUGGAAAACAUGGGGAUUAAACUCAAGGAGGAUGACCUUGAGGAAAUAAUGACCCAAGUACCAACUGAUGGUGAUAGAACAGUUGGUCUGAAUGAUGUGAUGGAUGCUAUCAGUGGGUUCAGGGGAGAGGUGAUUGAUAUCCAGGACGUAGACAAAUUUCUAGUAAGUGAGGGGAUUGAGCUCACAGAAGAAGACAUGAAGGAGCUGAUGUCUCAUUUGACUGUUAAUGGAAAUGGGAAGGUUACAGUGGAUUCAAUAAUGGAGGGCCUAAAGAAGUUUAAACCAAAAGGGAUGGUGCCACUGCAUAAGUUGAUGAAAACUGGACAUACUAAAGACAGAGUUAUUGACCCCAUGGCAGUUUCUGACAUUAAAGCAAAACUUCAGCUGAAUCCUCUAACUAAAGUACCCAGCUCCCGUGGCAAGAGGGAUAAAGAUUUACCAGGAUCUCUCCCCUGCCAAGGCAAAGAAAAGAAGCUGAAUGCCUCACAAAUGCAAGCCUUCCAAGAUGCCUACAACUUCUUUAACAAGGAUAAAACUGGCUGUAUUGAUUUACAUGGAAUGAUGUGCACUUUAGCUAAGCUGGGAAUGAAUCUAACCAAGCGUGAUGUCUAUAAUGAAUUAAGAUGUGCUGAUAUUGAUCAAGACGGGAAGGUGAAUUUCUCAGAUUUCAUAAAAGUCCUAACAGAUACGAACCGCUUCCUGAAAGCUGUGGUUCCAGAAAAGGAGAAAUGUUUAGAUUUAGCCGGCAACCCAGGGAUCCUGUUGUUUGAAAUCCUAUCAAAGCUUGUAGAGACUUCAGCUUUACCCAGAAGGGCUAUAAUGGAAAUAGUAAGCUAUUUCCGAAGAAAGUUCCAGGAUACCACAUUGGGAAUGCCGUGGAGUCCCUACACUGUGGGUUAUGGGAAAAGGAGAUUGAAGCCAGACAUCAGCACACCUCCAGCCUCAAGCACAGCUGCCUUUGCUAAUGCUGCCCGGAUCUCAAUAAUGAAAGAAAAGGAUUUACUUAAAUUUCUUGAAGAGAUCAAGAGGUGCAGUCCUCCUUCAGAUAGCCCAUAUUCCAAAAUACCCAUCUUUCCAUUGUUUCCUAAUGUGGAUGGGGUGGUGAUGGGAAAGCCAUUCAAAGACAUACAGAAAUUAGAAAUGCUAAGGAGAAGGGAGCCUCUGGAUUUCUUUGAGAACUAUUUUUUCCAUAAAAGAGACUGGAAGACACAGGCCGCAAAUAUAAAGCCUUUCGACCCAGUCUCAGGCUACCCAAAUGACAUCCUUGCCAUUGACCAACUACUCAAGAAGAAGCAGAACUGGACCGUGACCGACACAGCCGCUAUUAAACAGCAUGUGAAGAGGGCUACAGAGGCCUAUAACUUGGGAAUUGCCCUUGAGCACCGGAAAGACAUGCUAAACCUCUGGCAGAAGAUCCGAGGAGAUCUGAUUGGAAUAGACACUAAAAAUGAGGCCUUUUAUGACACCUUUUCUACCUAUACAUGGUCCUGGAAUGUUUGCCAAGAAUUACUUUCGCGGAAGGACUUAAGGUUAUAUGAUGCCUACAUGAAUAGGAACACCUUCCACAACUCUGUAUCCUCUUCUUCCUCGGAUAUCAGUGAAUGUGACAUAGAGACAGGAAGAAAAAGAAAACGGAAAGGUUCCAGAGGGUUCCGACAAUGAAAUUUCUACAUUUUCUAAACAGCUCAUUGCAAACUACUUUUUCAUAGAUAUCAAAAUUAUGGUUUCUUGCUUUUGUCUAGUACAUUCUUAGCAGCUGGAAAUGUUGAUAUCUUUGAAUUCUGACCAGUAAAAAAAUUUAAGUCAUAAUGUGGUUUCCCUUUCCUUAUUCUUAACAAGUAAACAGAAGUCAUGCGGUUAUCUCCCCGGCAAACAGCUGCGCUCUGCUGCCCCCACCUGGCUCGAAACUGCCUGGACAGAAGGAGGAAAGCAGAACGCUGGCACUUACCUCAACAUAGGGCUGCCCCUGUGAGCCCCUAAGGGU